CUGGGUGUCCCAUUGAAAAGGCGGCCGCCCCGCAGCCGCCCAGCACUCUCUCACUUCUGGCCAGGGAACGUGGAAGGCGUACCGGCUGGGAGCCCAUCAGGGAGGGCGGAUUGGGGGCGAAGGAGGAAUUAGAAAGAAAAAAAAAAAGAGGGGGUUAACCAAAUAAUCCCAGAACUAGGCUCAAGCUAGGCUGGAGCCGGGGAGAGCGGGCGCAAGAGAGUGCAGCACGACCGGAGCGGGGCGACCCGGCAGAGCGCGCUCAGCACUGACUUUUGCUGCUGCUUUCCCUUUCCCUUUUUCUUUUAAUUCCGAGAAGGCGCCGGCGGCGGCCGCACACGCGAGCGCCACGCGAGGCUCCCGAAGCCAACCGCGGCGGGAGGAGGGGAGGGAGGAGGCGGCGCAGAGGGAAGACGAUCGCCCAGGCACCUUCCUCCGCUGCCGCUGGAGAACUCUGCGGCCUUCUGAGCGUUUCUUCUCUUUUAACUUUCCUCCGGGGCCCGUUCUCCCUCUCUCCUUUGCUUCGCCCCUUUUGAUCGUGCCUCCGAGUCCCGCGUCCCCCUAGCGCUCCGCGCACCCCGGCGUACCCCUCUUGCUCUUCCCGCGGCGACUCCUGGGCCGGGCAUGGAGAGCUCUGGCAAGAUGGAGAGCGGAGCUGGCCAGCAGCCGCAGCCCCCGCAGCCCUUCCUGCCGCCUGCAGCCUGCUUCUUUGCUACCGCGGCGGCGGCGGCGGCGGCGGCAGCAGCGGCAGCAGCGCAGAGCGCGCAGCAGCAGCAGCCGCCGCCGCAGCCGCAGCAGCCGCAGCCACAGCAGGCGCCGCAGCUGAGCCCAGUGGCCGACGGCCAGCCCUCAGGGGGCGGUCACAAGUCAGCGGCCAAGCAGGUCAAGCGCCAGCGCUCGUCCUCUCCGGAACUGAUGCGCUGCAAACGCCGGCUCAACUUCAGCGGGUUCGGCUACAGCCUGCCGCAGCAGCAGCCGGCCGCCGUGGCGCGCCGCAACGAGCGCGAGCGUAACCGGGUCAAGCUGGUCAACCUGGGCUUUGCGACCCUCCGGGAGCACGUCCCCAACGGCGCGGCCAACAAGAAGAUGAGCAAGGUGGAAACGCUGCGCUCGGCCGUCGAGUACAUCCGCGCUCUGCAGCAGCUGCUGGACGAGCACGACGCGGUGAGCGCCGCCUUCCAGGCGGGCGUCCUGUCGCCCACCAUCUCCCCCAACUACUCCAACGACAUGAACUCUAUGGCGGGUUCUCCGGUCUCGUCCUACUCCUCCGACGAGGGAUCCUACGACCCUCUCAGCCCAGAGGAACAGGAGCUGCUGGACUUCACCAACUGGUUCUGAGGGCCUGUCCGGCCCACUGGGAAUGGACUUUCGAAGUAGGGUGACAGCAUAUCCUGGUCUUUACUGUUUCUCGCCACGGACAUUGAGAAGGAG